GUUUAGUAUCGCUUUCGUUUUCAUUCGAUCUUACGCUGGAAUAUCGUUUGGUAGCUAUCCACUUUCAACUAUGGCGCUUAUGGACGUUUGCUUGUCACCUGAGCUGAAACAAUCAUGUUUGUCUCAUAAUGAUUGGCAGUGUGAGCAGACCACCAGCGGUCCCAGUCAUUACACCUUCGGACUGAACAACAACGAACUGGCGGUUCCAACUGGACUGGACCCAGAACAAUUUCUAGGCCCACUUACAGAAGGAGAGACUGACAUAAAAAUUCAGUUUCUACAUGGCACUACCACACUGGCUUUCAAAUUCCAGCAUGGAGUGAUGGUAGCUGUGGAUUCCAGAGCAUCUGCUGGGUCUUACAUAGACACUAAAACAUUCAACAAGGUCAUUGAAAUAAAUCCUUAUUUACUUGGGACAAUGUCUGGCAAUGCAGCAGACUGCUGUUAUUGGGAAAGAAGAUUGGCCAAAGAGUGCAGGAUUUACAAGCUCAGAAACAAUACUCGGAUCAGUGUGGCCGCAGCCUCCAAGCUGUUAGCUAACAUGGUGGCAGAGUAUCGUGGCAUGGGCCUCUCCAUGGGCACCAUGGUCUGUGGCUGGGACCAAAGAGGCCCUGGUCUGUUUUAUGUAAGCAGUAAUGGUACAAGGUUAGCAGGAGACAUGUUCUCCACAGGCUCCGGAAGUAACUAUGCCUACGGUGUAAUAGAUUCGGGGCAUAGGUGGGACCUGAGUUUACCUGAGGCUUAUGACUUGGCAGAGAGAGCUAUUUAUCAUGCCACGCACCGCGAUGCCUAUUCUGGAGGAGUGGUGAACAUGUACCAUAUGCAAAGAGAUGGCUGGAUCAAGGUUUCCCAGAAUGAUGUUGGAGAUCUUCAUCAUAGAUAUGUUUCUGAGAGGAAGAAAUAGGAAUAUAGGUCAAAAGUGUCCUCGAAAAAAGGGUUUUCACAAGCAAUGUUUUUAACUUAGUUUUCUAUUGAUAAGUGUAUUUUACUGCAAAGUAUCACAAAAAAAAAAACAUUACUGUACGAAUAUAUAAUAUGAAAUAAAUUGUUUUGAGAACCACUG